AUGGAGCAUUUAACCGUUGUUUCAGAGCACGACUUUCAGCAUAAGGAUCCAGUAAAAACACCAGAAAAUGAGGGUUAUUUUCUUAAUGAAAAGGAAACGAAUGAGGUUAAGAGUCUCUGUAUCCGGCAUGUUCCAUUUUGGAACAAUAUCGCAAAGGAAAAAAUUGAUCUCAAGAUUGUAUCUGGUGCUCUAACCAAUCGUGUAUACCAGGCGACAUUAGUCGAUGGAGAUAAAGAUAGAUAUCCCAUAAAGUCAGUAUGUAUUAAAAAAUCAUCGACAUAUAAUUCGCUAGUGAUUGAUGAUGAUUUACAGUAUCGUAUUGCAAAAUUAUUAGGUGAUAAUAAUUUCGGACCUAGAAUAAUUGGUCGUUUUGGUGAUUUUACUAUUCAGGAAUGGGUUGAAGGAAAUACUAUGGGAAUUGAUUCAUUUCAAAAUUUAUCAGUUUUGACUGGUAUUGCUUCAUCACUGGCAAAGUUCCACAAGAAAGUUACAGAGCUGGUUCCAAAGGAAUGGGACAGAACUCCUAUGUUUUUAACCAAAAUAGCUACUUGGUCUCCACAUGUUGAAAGAAUUAUUAAAAAAUAUAAUUUGGAUUUCGAUUAUAAUGAGUUGGUUCAGAACUAUGAAAUGUUCAAAAAGAUCCUAAACAAUCACCUAAAUACAUCAAAUUCCAUCACAAACUCAAUACUAUUCUGUCACAACGAUUUAUUUUCUCUAAAUAUCCUUGAUUUUAACCAAGGCAUAUAUUUCAUUGAUUUUGAUUUUGCCGGAUUCAAUUAUGUUGGAUGGGAAAUCGCCAAUUUCUUUGUAGAGGUUACGAUUCUUUACGACCCACCGAAGCCACCAUACUUCAUUUCAUCUGAGGAAUACAAUUUAUCUGAGGAAAUGAAGACUAUUUUCAUCUCAGUAUAUCUUUCUCAAUUACUGGGCCAAAAUGUUUUACCAUCUGACGAUUUGGUAAAUGAUUUUCUACAGAGUUUAGAAAUACACACCUUGGGAGUAAAUUUAUUUUGGACUUAUUGGGGAAUAGUGAUGUCUGACAAACCGAAAAAUGAAUUAUCUAAGCCUGUUAAAUUGGAAGCUUAUGCGAUGUUCCAAUAUAAUUUAUUUAGGAAUAAUAUUAGGAGGUUAACUGAUAAUAAAAUUGUAAAUACCUAA